AUGGCUGAUACCGGUGGAUACUAUAUCGGUUACAACCCAAAUCCCAUAUAUAAUUAUCGAGUUCAACGUUGGAAACUCAGUGGUUCGGUGGCUGGUACAACUGUGGCUGGCUCAACAGGAUCUGAAUCUUCCCUAAACCAAAUAGGAACUGUCUACAAUAUUCAUGUCGAUGCAAAUGGUGUCCUGUAUGUAGCCGAUGCUACGAAUCAUCGUGUGACGAAAUGGAUCUUGAAUGCAAUAACAGGGAUUCUUGUAGCCGGGGACAAAAAUGGAACAAGUGGUUCUACUCUUACUAUGCUUAAUGGACCUCAAGGUGUUUCUACGGAUAAAAUAGGCAACAUUUUUGUAAGUGACACUGGAAAUCACCGCGUUGUUCGAUGGGCAAGUGGUGGGACAACUGGUGUUGUAGUAGCUGGUGGAACUGGACAAGGAUCAUCUAACAGUCAAUUGAAUUCUCCAACGUCGAUCAUUGUUGAUGGAAACGGGAAUUUAUUCGUAUUGGACUCUGGAAAUCAAAGGAUCCAACUAUGGUCACCAGACGCUACAUAUGGCAUUAUUGUCUUUGAUGGCUCUUAUAACAAUGCUGUCAGUAGUGGUUCACUUGGUAUGGCGAUGGAUGCAUCAGGCAAUCUCUAUGUCACCGAUUAUAGUGGAAAGCGCGUACACAUGAUCCCCAUCAGUAGUCCAACUACAACAGCUUCGUUGUCAUGCACCACUGCCAUCUACAGUAACACAGUAACAACCGUAGCUUACGAUCCAUCAUAUGGAUUCUAUGGUGUUGCAGUAGAUUCAAAUAAUAAUGUUUACGCUAGUAAUAGUGCAGCUCAAGUUUACAAAUAUCAAUAUAGCAGCAAUUACACAGAUGGUAUACGCAUUGCACCGACUACAGCCCCCAACGUUCCUUACUACUAUAGUACUCCUGGUGGUAACACUGCUAGUCAGAUUGGUACAGUUUAUGGUCUAUUUGUGGAACGUCUAUCCAACAACCUUUAUAUGGCUGAUACUGGUAGUUACAACUAUUAUUCUUCUCUCAGUCAACAGAACUACCGGAUUCAACGAUGGGGACUCAAUGGUUCAGUAUUUGGAACGACUAUGGCUGGUGGAGCUGGAUCUGGAUUGGCUCCCAACCAGAUAGGAACUGUCUUUAAUAUUUAUGUGGACACCAAUGGUGUUCUCUAUGUACCUGAUGCUACGUAUCAUCGUGUGACUAAAUGGACUCUUAGUGCUGCAGCAGGAGUAGUCGUAGCAGGUUCGUGGUAUGGUGCGACGGGUUCGUCUCUUGCUUUGCUGAAUGGUCCUCAAGGUAUAUGGGUCGACAAUAGUGGAAAUGUUUACGUGAGUGAUACUGGGAACCAUCGAGUCGUUCGAUGGGCUCGUGGUGCAACAACAGGAGUUUUAGUUGCUGGAGGAAAUGGACAAGGUCCAUAUCCUGCACAAUUGAAUUCUCCAACAUCGAUAAUUAUUGAUGGAAAUAGAAAUGUGUUUAUAUUCGACUCUGGAAAUCAACGAAUUCAACAAUGGCCACCAGGAGCUACGUAUGGUAUAACAAUAUUCGAUGGUUCAUACAAUAAUGCUGUUAGCAUUGGUUCUUUGGGUAUGGCAAUGGAUACAUCGGGCAACCUCUAUGUUGCAGACUAUGAUGGAAAGCGUGUGCAAAUGAUAUCAAUUAUUAAUCAUAGUAUUUGUUUGGGUAAGAAAUCUCUGUUUGAUUUUGCACUUACUUCGAAACAUAUAGCUCUGAUAAGGAUUCAACUUCAAAGAAUACUUCAUCGCGUUCAUUUAGUUUUAUACCUAAAGCCUUGA